UACAGAGUUUAGAAAUAAAAUUCGACGUUAACCUUAAUUAAAAAUACCUUUAAAUUCAAAUAGCUAUAUAGUAGAAAGUUUUAUAACUCCCAACUUAGGCGCCAUUUUGAUGCUUACCAUGGGCUAUUUUCCGUCCACUGCUGGACGAAAGCCUCCCCCAUAGAACGCCAACCAUCCCGAUCUUGGGCAGUCCGCAUCCAUCUGCAGGUACAAGGGGUAUAAUAUGUUGGCUCUUUUAAAAAUAAAUACCGAGUUUUGUAAUUAUAUAUUACUUGCACGUAUACGCCCCAUCCUCUCUAAUGUCUCCCCGGAGGACCACACACCGAUUCAGAAUGCUUUAUGUUUCUGUGAAACAAACAAACGUUGGAUUUGAACACGUCUUGUGUUUGUGUGUAAGUCGCAGUGUACAACGCGCAGACCUUACCUCCGGGUGACAGGAUAACACUCAACAAAUCUUCAAGAGGGAACGCGACAGUCGCUGAUCUGACCAUUAAGAACGUGCUGAUAGAAGACAAAGGAUAUUACGGAUGCAAGGGAAUCAACGAUAAUGGUGAAAUAUACGCGGAGACGUUAGUUUACGUUCAGUAAUUUUUAUUAUUAAUCAUAUAUUUAUUUAUUUCAUAUAAAUCAUAACGUUCGGAGUAGUACUUGUGUAAACAUCAGUUUGUACCUGUGUCGAUUAAAAUUAAUAAAAUAAAAUAGUUCUAAUAGCUUUUAGUGCAAAAUCUGCAAUUGACUAUAGUGCCUAUAAUUAGUUUAACCAUAAUUCAUAUCAAUCGUGUCCAAAAAGUGCAGUUUUUUACCUAAAACUAUACUCCUAAGUUGCUGUUAUUAAGUGCUAGUGGAACAAAGUUAUUUUACACCACCCACUUAGCACUGAUAAUAAUUUGCUGCUAAGCUUAAGUACUCUACUGAUCAACAUUUUCGACCUCCAUAACAUCUGCACAAAUAGCAGCGCGGUAGUAAAAGUGACUGUAAUUCAAAGACAUCGAGGGGUACCAAGAUCAAAUCCUGAAUACACCGAGCUUUUUUUUUUUUUUUUUCUUCUAUUUAUUUAUUUUUAUAAGUAUGGUUGUGUGCUACACAUGUAACAAUAAUUUACUUGUAACUCAGAAGAGAGUUAAAUGUUCAAAUACAUCAUGUAACCGUCAUUUUCAUGCGGACUGUAUUAAGUUCAAUGAGGCACAAUCGAGCCGAGCUAAAUGGGUUUGCCCAAUAUGUCAAGGGCCGAAAUCAAAAACAGGGAAUAAAAGCUCUCCUUCCGAUCAUGGCAAGAGUAUUAAAGAAUCUGAAAUAGAUUCACCAGUUUCCUUAGUAAGUAACAUAGACUCCCAAGAUGCUAUUCUUCAAGAAAUUCGAAAUCUUCGUAGAGAAAUGAAUGAAAAAUUUGAAUACCAACAAUUAAGCCUAAACGAUUUCAAUACGAAAUUAAGUGAGAUUCGCGGUGAAGUGCGAGAUUUAAACUCCAAAUUUUCUAUAAUGCGAAAGGAGUUAGAUCAAGUAACUAAUACAGUGCAGUUUUUAUCUGAUAAUUUUGACGAACAACAACUCAUUAACGAUCGUUACAAAACAGAUAUCUCUCAAUUAAAAACAGAAAGCACAUCUCUACGUGCGCAACUUAGCAAAGUCGCCAGCCUUAUGGAACAGCUUGAGCAACGUGCUCGAGACUGUAAUAUUGAAAUACAGUGUGUUCCGGAGCAUAAGUCUGAAAACCUGCUUACUAUUGUGAAACAACUCACUAAAGUCGUUUCGUGUGUCAUAGAUGAUAGUGAUAUUAAAGAAUUCCAUCGCGUUGCUAAGGUUGAUUCUGACUCGAAGCGCUCUCGCAAUAUCAUAGUCAAAUUAACCAGCCCGCGCGUCCGUGAUACUAUACUUGCAGCGGUAAAAAUUUUCAACAAAAAGAAUGAAAACAACAAACUCAAUUCGACUCAUUUAGGCAUCGCGGGUGAUAAGCAAUCAAUAUACGUCAGUGAACAUUUGUCCCCAACGAACAAGAAACUUCAUGCAGCCACGAGACUCGUCGCAAAAGAGAAGAAAUACGAGUUUGUCUGGAUCCGAAAUAGCCGCAUUUAUAUUCGUAAAAAUAUGCAUUCACCUGCAAUUUUAAUAAGAAAUAACGAUUUUUUAAAUAGUCUAAAGUAAUUUUUUGGUUAUACUAUUGUGCUUAUUUCUUUUUUAUUUAUUUUU